GAGGAUGAAAGUUUUACAUACAAAUAUAUAGGGAACAUCUCUAAAAAAUCUUCCUCUCAAGAACCACUGAGUCAGAAAAGCUGAGAUUUAUUUAAAAGCUUUCUGAUAUAAUGAAGAUUCAAGUUUGUUAAAAUCAUAGCCCCCGGGGGUCGGAUGGGGCCACAAUAGGGGUUCAAAGUUUUACAUACAAAUAUAUAGAGAAAAUCUUUAAAAAUCUUCUUCUCAAGAACCACUGAGCCAGAAAAGCUGAUAUUUACAUGAAAGUCUCCUAACAUAGUGCAGAGUUCAGUUUGUUCAAAUCAUGGCCCCCUGUGGUAGGAUGGGGCCACAAUAGGGGAUCAAAGUUUUAAAUACAAAUAUAUAGGGAACAUCUUUAAAAAUCUUCUCAAGAACCACUGAGCCAGAAAAGCUGAGAUUUACAUGAAAGCUUUCUGACAUAGUGCAGAUUCAAGUUUGUUCAAAUCAUGGCCCCUGGGGGUAGGAUGGGGCCACAAGGGGAGAUCAAAGUUUUACAUACAAAUAUAUAGGAAAAAUCUUUAAAAAUCUUCUCAAGAACCAUUGGGCCAAAGAAGUUGACUUUUACAUGAAAGCUUUAUGACAUAGUGUAGAUUCAAGUUUGCAAAAACCAUGACCUCCAGGGGUAGGUUGGGGUCAUAAUAGGGACUCCGUUUUUACAUGCAAAUAUAUAUGGAAAGUCUUCUGAUAUGGACCAAGGUGACUCAAGGUGAGCGAUGUGGCCCAUGGGCCUCUUGUUCUGAAUCUGACUCCACGAAGUUGAGCUGUCAGUAGGCCUAUAUGUUGUUUGUCUGCGUCUUGUUGAGUUGAAGAUUACAUCACGGUUCAUUGUGUGAUAAAUAUCCCUAUACAAUGCUGCAAGCCAUCAGUUAUAAAUUGUGCCUAACUGGAAACUGCUUACGGGUGCCAUAACAGAUCAAACUAUCAUUAGCAUCGACUUCAAUGCAAGACUACUGCCAUGGAUAUUAAUUCAGGUGAUGACAGAAAACAAAAUCUAGAGAACAAAAUGGACCACACCCAACAUAGUGGACAUGGUGUUAGCCAGCAUAAUGAUGCAGAUUUCUUAACAUCUACUAUCAGCAAAGAAAGCCACGAAACUCAAGGUGAUGUAGCUGAAGAUUCUAGAAGCAGCGUUGGCAUCGUUUACAUGAACGUCCUAGUGUCGAUCGCGGAGUCUCUAUUGUUCGGAGGUAUUCAAUUUGGAUGGAGCUCACUGGUUUUUGUUUACAAAGAAAUUGGAGUGUAUGGAAACCUGUGCCCUGGUAAUCAAACGAGGGACCAAUCAGAAUCAUGUCCACAACAGGAGGAAUAUCUCAAUAUGUUCUUUAGUAUAGCCACAGCACUAUUGUUUAUUAUAUCCAUUGUGGUUGGGUUUAUUCAUCAUAGACUAGGAACAACCAAGUGCAGGCUCCUGUUCAUAGGUAUUUAUUCCUGCGGAAUGCUUCUUUUGAGUUUCACUACCAGUGAUAUCCCAUGGCUGUUUCUACCCGGUCUUACACUGGUGGGUGUAAGUGGUCUAGCUUUACUCGUGACAGACCUGGAGGUUGUAUCUUACAUUCGGAAAGGGAAGGCUUUUUUUGUCACGGUUCUGAACGGAGCAUUUGACUCGUCUGCUGUUGUUAUGGUGAUAGUUAAGAUAUUUUAUGAAAGAGGAAUAAAGAUUCAACAUACGUUUUGGGGUAUAUUAGCAGUUUACCUUCUUGUUACAUUAUCCAACACUUUUCUCCACUGGAAACAAUCUCAACUCAUUCCUGGAAGUACCUCCUCUGAGAAAACCGAAGAUGAAGAAGGCAACGACGAAUUUGAAGAUGAGAAGCAAACAAACGGAAAAGGUCCCACGUUUUUGCGAUCAGCUUGUUCGCUUCGAUUCUCCCUUUAUCUGAUUUGGAUAUAUGUGUUGACUUUACGAUGGUCCACUUUCUUAGGUUUUGUGAACAGACAGCUUUCCAUGGUACUAGAAAGUGAUGAAAUGGUCAGUGAUUAUACAAACGUCCUGUCCUACUCAUUGUUUGGCGGUGUGUUGGUAUCCAUUAUUGUCGGGAGCCUUCUGGAAUGCAUAAAGAAACGAUUUGAAGGAAGAUCGGAUGUCUACAAGAAAGACGUAUAUCCUGUUGUCAUUGCUCUCUCUGCCUGCUGUACUAUGUCUCUAAUGAUUUCAAUACUUGAAAUUUUCCAAUCAGCAGACACGUUUUAUGCGGAGUUUGUUGUCAUUCCGUUUUACAGAUCCCUGUUAUUUUCUACCAACAUGAAUUAUGUCGUUACUAUGUUUCACAAUACAUGGGUUAGUCAUAUAGUGGUCAUUUCCUUUGCCUUGAUGGGGGUAGCAACGAUUUCGCAAUAUUUUCUCUUCAAAUGGGUAGUGGAAAAUAAUGUAUUUCAACAGAUGAACUACAUGAUGUUGGGUUUGACGAUGGCGUCAUUCGCUCUCCCCGUCAUGUUGCUGUUGAAUAGGAAAAGGGAUGCUAGUAAAAACGCAUCUAAAGUGUUGCUUUAAGUUGCUCAGAAUGCAACUUACAAAGAAAAACUUUUAGAGUUGACCGGCUUAUUUCAAUUCUUUCUUGAUACAAAUUAUUUAGCUCUAUUACCCGGUUGCUUUUGUUUUGUAUUGAUUUCUUUUCGUAAUAUGCCCCAUCUAUAGCUUUCUUUGAUUUUUAGAAUUUCUACGAAGACUACAUGAAAUAAAAUUUGGUGAUGUAUUUGAUUUAAAAAAAAAAAUAGGAUCACGCUACUCGACUUACAUGAAAAAGUGAUGAAAAUAGCUAAUUGUGAUCAUCUCAUAAAUCCUAUAAAGAAUAGAAAAUGUAAAUUAGUGCAAACACGGUCCCCUGGGCAUACCAAAGAUGGGAUCAAGUGCACAGGAGGAGUACGUAUCUCCCAUUAACCGGUCACUUCCGCCGUGAGUCCUAUAUCUUGGUCAGCAAAGUAGAGUAAUAUGUAGUCUAAAUAGAUAUAUAUGGGAUAUAUCAAAUCGACAUAUGAAGGAAAAUGAUUAUUGUUAAUAGAUAAAAUGUAUUCGGAAGAGGUUUGAGACGAUAAUACUGAUUUAUAAUUCAAGCUGUUUUAAUAGCAUAAGUACUAAUGCACUGAAAAAAUUGUUAUAUAAGACAAUCCGUCUUUAUCAGAGUUUUCUAAAACAUAAAUAUACAAGCUUAUGCUAAAACAUUGAAUAUUGCACGCAAGAUUAUUUUUAGCUAGUUUUUUCAUUGUGACAGGGUCAAGUCGUGUGUAAAACUGAUCACUUCCUACAAGUUUCAUUCUCAAUCCCAUUGUCGUGAUUUGGAUUUAAAACUUUUGAAGAUGUUUUUUACAUUCUGUGCCGUAUCAGUGCACUUUUAUUGAAAAGAAAAACUUCAUAAGACACAGCCUUUUCGCUCAUGACGUUGCAUGAAGUAACGUCAAAAUGGCACAACGUUAUCGUAAACUGUUCUGUAUUUACGUUUGUAUUAUAUAUGAAUAAAGGUUCCUACAUACA